CUGAUCUACGCUUCUCACCAUCCAGUCUCGUGCUUUCCAUUACGACCUCCAACAGCGAGGCCUGCUUCCUUUCAUCCUCUUCGUUUCGGCCGCCCCUUCUUCGUACCCUCGCGCGACUUCCUGUUAGCCCGGACCCUCUUGCUAAGGACUCGCUCAUCUCUCGAUCUCGACCGGACGCAAUCCGCAUCCGCUCAUACCUGCGAGCGCGAAUCACAUACAACGCGACGACAGCAGCGACGACGACGACGACGACGACGACGACGACGAUCGCCACUGCGACGCCAGCGCAGCGCUCACAAAGACGACUGCGCUUCAAUCCUUGCCAUCCGUGGUUAGGCCUCGCGACGGGUGAUGUCCAUCCCGUCUUCGUCCAAGGACGACCCGAGACUACCGCAUCUGCAUGAAUCGGCCCUCUCACCCACCGAAUAUUCGAGCUACCUCAAAUGGCGCAAGGCCAUCGCGGCUAGCCCGAGCGGUGUAGAAGGGCUUCUUGAUGAGCAGGAUGCUCUGGCGUGGAUUAGAAAGGAGUGCGGCGUAGGGAGAUUAGACGAGGCAAAGAUCCUAUCUCUCUUCGACCGAUAUCCACUUGGUCUGGAGGCUGGUCAUUUCUUUGCGCUGCUGCGCCUGACUUCUUGGGCGCAGCAAGGCUCACAGCCGACCAAGGCACUCGUAUUCACUCAGACCUCACCGCCUGUCAUUGGCUUGAAGGAGAACACACCUUUCCCUCUGCCCACGCCCACAACCGUCAGCGUGGCAGCGAUACGGCCUACACUUCCCUCACCGCAACAUCCAGCAACCGCCGGAGAUGCGCCGCUAACCCGCAAGCCAAGCCUACCAAGCAGCAAAGUGCCAUUGCCCGCAGCACAGGCGCAGACACAGCCACUGCCGCCGCCUACAUUAGCAACGCCAGCUCGUCCCUCUGCUGCAUCUGUACUUGCGCCUCCCGUACCGCCAGAGUCGUCCAAGCCGGCGCGCUCACCAGGUCCCUCGAAUCCUUUCAGAGACUCCGUUGCUGCCACUGGUGGCCACUCACGGUCGGCGUCGCUAAACGUGGGCGAGUCUCUGCAAGGCUUCGAUCCAGCGCCGAAUCCUUUCAAGCAGACAAAGCCAAAGCUAGUCAAGCCCACGCCCAUCGUUGCGACGCCUGGACUACCCAAUCCAGUGUCAUCAGCCGCUGAGCCAUCCCGUGCAGCUACAGCAGGGUUGCCGGGAACUUCAGGGUUCUCAACAAGAUCGAUGAAGAGCAUUGACGACGUGCUAUCACCCCCUCUGCCGCCUCGUCCGACGAUGGGCGGCAUCGACAAGCCUCCUCCUCCGCUGCCACCGCGAGCCCACAUCUCGCCGCUCAUCCAGGCAGGAUUGGACGCCAGCUUGCAGGUCAGGAAGCAGAAGGAUGCACUGCCACCAAAAACGUUCACCGUUCUGCACUCUUCUAAUGCGCGAGCCAAGGCGAGCGAGCCACGCCUGCUCACCGGUGAGAGCGCUCCCUUGUCCCUUCUCGAGGAGACGGCGCCCUCGCCACAUCAUCUCGCAAAGAGGAGGGUCUCAGGGCAGGAGUCGAGAAAGUCAAUUUCAGAGACGGUCGUCGGGGGAGGUAUGCCGACCCUGGCGAGGCAGAACAGUGACGAAAGCGCAGAGCCGCAACGAGCGGCGACGAGCAGAGCGACGGUGAUUGCGGCGCCCAAGCCGUCGAGACCCGGCGCAAGUCGACGUCACCAUCAUCAUCACCAGGAAGACAGGCGGGCCAGCGGCUCUGCCAGUGCCCAGUCUAGUCAGCAGCCAGGUCGAGUAGCGGCACCAAAGGCACAGUAUGCGAAUGGUAGCGAGUCGAUCAGGACCAAGCCGACGUUGCCGUCGUGGCUCAGGGAGCAGGAAGAGCUGCAGCGCUCAGCAUUGAUCGAGGGCAGGCCGCUUUCGCCACCGCCGGCGGACUCAAUUCCCGACGAUAGCGAGGAGCGAGCGCGAGAGCUUGAGCGUAGCAGGCGAGCGCCAACGGUACUGGACGACGAGUAUGACGUCUACCCAACGGAGUUGUCAGAGCAAGCCAGCCGAGCAGCCAGCAUCGACCGACCACACAACCCCUUCAUCCAUCGAUCUUCCCAGGCAGAGGCGGAGAAGCUCAAGGUGCAGCCGCUGCUGAAGCAUCAUCGCUCACUAGCCAAAGCGCCGCACUCUCCCGAGCUCCACAAGCCGCUCGCUCGAUCAAAGACUCUACACGCCAAGGGUGCUCCCCCACCUCCUCCCCCUCUGGCAAGCCAGGCUGCGCAAAGGAAGCGUCUCGAGUCUUUGCCCGCUACGCUCGACUCUGGAACCUACGCAGGGUUCCGCCAUCCUGCUUCUGGCGGGUUGCGCCUCGUACCGCCUUCAGCCAAGGCCGACGUAGGCAUUAAUGCCUUAAAGAGGGAUGCUGCAGAGCGUAGAGGAGAUUCAAGCGCCCUCAGUGUCAGUUCGAGCUCUGGUGCGCCACCCAUGAGCCCGCGAGGCGACGAGGAAAGUGGAGAGACGAGCGUCAAUUCGACAAACCCCACGAGCGUCCAGGGGCUCGCUUCAAGCUUGGAGCGCAAGCUCUCUGGUCGAUCAGACGGCGCAUCCACCUCGCUCAAGAGUCGCGUCUCUGACUUCUUGAAGCUGCAGGACGGCCCACCAAAGGGACAGCGGCCGAUCGAUGACCUGAAGCGGGAUGCGAUUCGGUUGGCGGAAAGGAGGGGCUGGAUCAAUCGGAGUGCAGAUGGUGGAGAAGGCUUACUCGAGGAUGUGGACGAGGUGCCUGCGCAAGGCGAAGACGGUGAGGAGGGGGAAGAGGGCCCGGAAAGGUGGGACGAUGCGCCAACGCCUGAUGAUGACUACGCGUACGGUGCUGGGGAGUCGAACACGACUACGCGAGGCAUCAUCCGCGACGCCACGCCCACCGCCGGCGACGCUCGUAGUAUCCUAGGCAAGGGCACCCCUCCUCCCCCGCCUCGACGCUCAGCAACGAUGUCGGCAGCUCCUAUCGCCCGAAGACCAAGCGGAUUUGUUGCACGCCGCGCCUCCAAGCUCGAAGAGCACUCCCAGCCCUUGUACCAGACGACUAGCCUGGGACGGGCCUCGAGCUUCUCGGGCAAACAUGCCGGUAGGCCUCAUGCUGCGGGUGAAGGCAGUGGGACAAACAAGCGUUCCAGCUGGAUUGAAGCGUUUGAGGCGGACAGAAGAAGGAGGGCUGAAGGAGGCGGCGAUGAGGUUGAGGAGGAGGAGGAGGAAGAGGAAGAAGAAAGAAAAGACGGUGAGACGGGUAGAGAGGUGCGCGGUCAAGAGCUGGAAGGGUGGAGGAGAUUGGACUGAAGGACUAUCCUAGCCCACCACCAAGAGGCCACCAAGAGGUUAGGCGAUACCAUACAUUGACGACGACAUUCUCGCCGAAGGACUCGCUCGCUUUUCGUUCCACUCUCUCAUUCUGCUGUGCGUCGUAUACUGAUGAUGACUCCAAGCUGUACCACCACCACCACCACCACCACCGACACCAACAUGUUCGUUCUUCUCCGGCUUCCCUUCGCUUUCGCAAACCACCCUCCUACUCUUCCUCUAGUACCAAAUGACAUACUCGCCGCGCGCGCUACCGCUAUGCUUCAUCGCUUUCGUCUCGAUGGUCUGACGAUUCAUUGUCUUGACCCACACCAAAAGUAGAAACAAUCGAGCAACUUUGAACCUGUCGCAUCGGCUCUCCUCAUCCUCAGCAUCCCGAGC